AGCCAAGCGCGGGCGAAGUUUGUGGACUUUUUGCGAAACUUUCGAAGCGCACCAGACGCGAGCGCGCCGGACGGGCGACUCAAAUACAGAGAUGAACUCGAUCGCGCGACGACGCCGAAGGAUUUGAAGAUAUGCUUUGAUGAUUUGAUCGCGCACGAUGCGGAAUUAGCGCGAGCGAUGCGAAUGGAACCGAACGAUUACUUGCCGAUAUUGGAGGAGGCGGUGCAGGACGAGGAGGAUCGCGCGUCGAGAGAUCGGGCGCCGGGACGGGCGAGCGUGCAAGUGAAACUUACGUCGAAAGAGAUUCCGCGCCCGUUGAGGACUUUGAAUUCGAGCGAUGUGGGGACGUUGGUGUACGUACCCGGUAUCGUCAUCGCGACGUCAAAGGCGAGAACCAAGGCAAAGCAUAUGGCGCUCGAGUGUCAGAAGUGCAAGAGCACGAUCUCGGUUCAUCUUGGUGCAGGGUACAGCGGGGCGAACGUUCCUCGGUUUUGUUCAGCGCAGGUUGGUAGGGAUACACAGGUUGGGCAGGAGGCGAAUCCGUGCGGGACGGAUCCGUAUCGCAUCGUUCCGGAGAAGAGUUCGUUCAUCGACCAACAGAAUAUGAAAUUGCAAGAGAACCCAGAGUGUGUGCCGGCGGGGGAGAUGCCGCGGAACAUGACCGUAUUAGUCGAACGUACAAUGGUUUUAUCGGUCGUUCCAGGCACGCGCGUGAAGCUCAUGGGCGUAUACGAGACGACGAACGCAGGUGGAAGUAGCAAGCGCGACCGCGGCGGAGGGAAAGUCGCCGUGCAGCACGCCUAUUUGCGAGUCGUAGGCAUCGAUGAAGAGACGGAAGGUGCUAGAGGCGACGCACAUUUCACUGAUGCCGAGCAUACUGAGUUCAAAACCUUUGCCCAUCGCCCGUUUAAGGACGUUGUGAAAGAUCUUCGCAGUCGCGUGGCGCCGGCGAUUUUUGGGAGCGACGACAUCAAAGCGGCGGUGACGUGCUUGCUCUUCUCGGGCACGCGCAAGGAGCACCCGGAUGGCACAGCGCGAAGAGGCGAUGUUAAUGUGCUUUUGCUCGGUGAUCCUUCCACUGCCAAGUCGCAGUUCUUGAAAUUUGUCGAACGAACGGCGCCAGUGUGCGUGUACACGUCGGGUAAAGGUUCGUCCGCCGCCGGUCUCACGGCGUCGGUGAUUCGAGACAGCAAUGGUGAGUUCUAUCUCGAGGGGGGUGCCAUGGUACUCGCAGACGGCGGGUGCGUGUGCAUUGAUGAGUUUGAUAAGAUGCGCGACGAAGAUCGUGUCGCUAUCCACGAAGCCAUGGAGCAGCAAACGAUUUCCAUCGCCAAGGCGGGCAUCACGACUAUGCUCAACAGUCGAACCGCCGUGCUCGCCGCGGCGAACCCUCCAAGUGGGCGGUACGACGAUUUGAAAACGGCACAAGAGAACAUCGAUUUGCAAACGACUAUUUUAUCCCGUUUCGACAUGAUUUUCAUCGUCAGAGACGAACGAGUGUACGAGCGCGACAUGCAAAUCGCGGAUCACGUGUUGAAUAUUCACGCCGGCGGUGGCGAUGAGCUCGCGCUCGCGGCAGAUCCGCAGCAAGAAAAGGAACGUCAGUUCUUGAAACGCUACAUCGAGUACGCUCGAGCGAUGUGCAAGCCGCGCGUGGGUGAGCGGGCGAUGCGCAUGUUAGAGGAUUCGUACGUCAAGUAUCGCGAGGAAAUGCGCGAGCGCAAGCGCACGGGUGGCCACGCCGCGGUCCCGAUCACCGUCCGUCAACUCGAAGCCAUCGUGCGAAUCUCUGAAUCGUUGGCUAAGAUGUGCCUUCAAUCCACCGUCACCGAAGAGCACGUGCAAGAGGCGUUGCGCUUGUUCGAAGUGUCCACCAUCGACGCCGCGCGUUCGGGCGUCGCCGAUAUGGUCGUCCUCAGCGCCGAACAGCGCGAAGAGCUCCAAGUCGUCGAAACGCAGAUCCGUCAAAAGCUCGCUAUCGGCGCCACCAUGUCCAAGCGUCACCUCAUCGACGAUCUGUCCCGCAUCGGCGUCAACGAAUGGGCCGUCACCCGCGCCUUGCUCGUGAUGACGCAACGCGGCGACGUCGCCGAACGCGCCGAGGGUCGUCGCGUCACCCGCAUGCACUAG